CUCUGUUCCUCUGGUACUUCCCUAGUUUCAACAUACAUUCGAGAUUUGUUUCUGUUACUCUCUCUCAUCAAUUCGACGAAUUGCAUCUCUCCCUAGUCACCAGAGACAAAAGGAACAAACCCUUGAUACUCAAGUUAAAAUUAAUGGCCGGCAAUUCUGAUCCUCAUGGCUCGGCAUUUUCAGCAGCCGAGAUGGAGUUCCUUGCCGAGGAUGAAUUGGUGGAGAUUGUCCCAAAUAUGAGAAUGGAUCCUAUCAAUUUAAUCUGUGGGGAUUUUGGUCCUUUCCGUCCACAAAUAGCUACCCAAGUACCUCUGUGGCUGGCGGUGGCUUUGAAGAAGAGAGGAAAAUGCACGAUUCGGCCUCCGGAGUGGAUGUCUGUGGACAAGCUAACUCAGGUUUUGGAAGCAGAGCGGGACACUGGAAGAGUUUUUCAACCACUACCAUUCCAUUAUGUAGAAAUCUCAAGGCUUCUUUUUGACCAUGCUCGUGACGACAUUCCUGACAUAUAUAUGGUGAAGUCCCUUAUUGAGGACAUCAAAGAUGUAAGGUUUCACAAAAUUGGGACUGGCUUGGAGACCAUAUCUGGAAGGACAAACGCAGUGAAGCUUUCAAAUCUGUCAGCAAUGGAAGUAAAUAUAGUACGCCCAUUUCUUGCCGGUGCUCUACAGACAUUUUAUAAGCUUCAUAAUCCAGAGAUGGUUCCAGAAUCAGAAAGAAGGGGCAGUAGACGACCCCAAGGAGCAGACCGUGGGGCAAGACGGACAUUGAAACCUAGAUAGCCACAUUCACUCUGCGAUGAUGAUAGAUUAUCAUCUUUUAAGAUCACUUCUACAUUUGUGCUAGAGGUAGCGAUUUCAGCGUGCUAGCAAGGAAGGUACUGCUACUUAUUGUUUUCUUUUUCGAACGGAGCUUUACAGUGGAUCUUUAAAAUAACCAACCAUCACAUAUUGAUGUUGUAUUUACAUGUAUUUUUCUUUCUAAAAAAAUCAUCUGGAGGUUAUAGUACAAACACAUUGGAUGGAGUGGAAUACGUCUUUGUUCAUCCAAAAACAAGUUUAUGAGAAUUCUACUUGAUUCUAGUACAACUUUGUGUCCAUGUAUUAUCUUCUUAGCUCUCUUUUCAAUCGAUACAUGUGAAUUACUGUGAUUUAACUGUUGUUUCAUUCCAGAUAUCAGUGGG